AUGGCCAUUGACUACUCCAAGUGGGACAAGAUUGAAUUAUCAGAUGAUUCCGACAUUGAGGUUCACCCAAAUGUGGACAAAAAGUCGUUCAUCAAGUGGAAGCAAAGAGACAUCCACGAGAAGCGCGCGCAGCGCGACCAGGACAUUCGCACGUUGACGGUGCAAACAGCAAUGUACAAACACCUCAACCUCCGUGUGGACUACUUGUUGGGUCUUCCAGAUGCUGAGUUUACGAGUGAGGCAGCCAGAGACACGGCGUUGCGUGCCAAAUAUGACCCAGCGGAGAAGUUUGUGUCCGAAGACAGCCAGGACACGCCGACCUACAACGAAAUGAUCGAGGAUUUGUUUACGCAGAUUGGCGAGGAUAUGACGAAAGACGGGGAACAGCUGAAUGCCGAAACCUUGAGGCGUCGAGUGGUUGCGCACAGGGAGAGGAUCGGCGGCGUGAUGGAGGAGCAGGAGAAGAAGUUGGCACAGCUCAUUGAGGAAAAGUCAUAUCACAUCUCCAGCGCGGAUAUGCACACGGGGUUUGAAAAGUCAUUUUUGAACAAGUCGGAAGGUGUUGCAGAGCCAAGUAAGGAACUUCCAACCAAGGUGACUCUCAAUCCAAAGGAGGCGAAGGAAAGAGAGAGACCUGUGACCGUGCCUACCCCGUCUGCGCCUAUCCCGUCCGCACCUACCCCGCGUGCGCCCACUCAAACUUCAGCCCCGGCCGACUCUCAAGACUUGGAUGAACUUGAAUUACUCCCGGAAACCGAGCGCUUCUCGUACAUCUCCAGUAAGGACCUCGUGACCUCCGCGAAGUACCUCGACCUCCACCCGUUCAUCGUCACGGAGCAGCAGAAGGACGCAUUAAUCAUGACCGCUUUCAACGCACAGUUGGAAGGUAAUGCGGCGCGUGCGCGUGACAUUGUGCACCAGUCGUUGUUACUCCAAUACGGCGCGCAGCUUGCGGGCAUGACCGCUGCCAAUGCCAACAAGAAGGAGCGUGUGGUCCAGACCCAGAAGGCCGUAAAGAUGUUUUUUGGCAAGUUGAUGAGUGUGGGCCCCAAUCCUGCCAUCCAGGGCUUCCGCGAGGACGUCGAACGUACCUAUAACCAUAUCCGCGAGCGCUGCUUGGUGAUCCAGCAGGAACAGCCGCGCGACAAUGAGGAAGGCGAUGCCAUCCAGUUAAAGUCUUUGGACCCAAGCACCGAGCUUGUGGUGAGUCUUCCAAACGCUGAGUCCGUGGACCCGGAGGAGGUACAGCGCUACAAUGCCUUCUUGCGCUUGCCAAUCAAGAUGCAGGAGGCCGUCCGGACCGGCUCGUUGGACGCAAUCAACGAAGUGUUCCUUCACAUGAGCACUGAUGACGCCGAGGACAUCUUGGAGAUCUUUGACGAGUCGGGCGUGAUUGGGAUCAAUGCGGUGUUGGAAAACGAGGAGGAGUUUUUGGAGUUGCAGGAGCAGUACCACCGCGAGAACGACGGCCAGCCGGUGAUUGAGGAGUUGGGGGACUUGGAGAUCGAGGACCACAUCAGCACCGCCGAUAUUGUCGAUUAG